AUGGAGCAAAGCACAGAGCAAAGCGCUCAGAACAAAGCAAAGCGCUCAGAACAAGUUCGAACCGAGGAGGAAAAGGCCAAAGACAUUGAGAGAAGAAGAGCCUACCAAGCAAAGUAUAGAGCAGCCCUAACCGAGGAAUAUAAAGCCAAAGAACGUGAGAAGCAAAGGGCCAAAGCAGCAACGUACAGAAAACAGCGCUCAGAACAAGUUCGAACCGAGGAGGAAAAGGCCAAGGAACGUGAGAAGCAGAGGGCCUCCCAAGCAAAGCACAGAGCAGCUCAAUCUGAAGAGGCAAAGGCUAAAGAUCGCGAGAAGCAAAGGGCAUACUAUGCAAAGUGCAAAGCAGCUCGAACCGACGAGGAACAUGCCAAAGCGCUUGAAUGGCGAAAGGUCCGGAGAACAAGGCAGAGCGAGGAGAAGCUCGAACGGGAUCGAGAGAAGCAGCGGGCGAGUUACCGACGCCGGAUGAAUAAUCUAACUGAAGAGCAAUACCAACUCGAACUUGCCCGUUCGCGGAAGAGGACCACAAAGAGUAGAGCGAAUCGCAGCGAGGAGAAAGUCCAAUUAGACAGGGAGAAAGACAGGGAGAUACACAAGGAGCGACAGGCGAUUCGACUCGAACAGCAAGCAGAGAAGCAAGCAGAGAUAUAUCCUAUUGGGAUGAGCUUAGAUCUGGAGAUGAGCCUCGAGCCAACUCCAACCACCACCACUGGGAGUGGCCUGUCAAUAAUUGUAUGUGCCCGUUAUAGUGCGAAAGUACCGGACGAGGUAUACCAAGGUGCAAUAGAGGGCAACGACAUCGUGCUUCGGAAAUUUAUCGACGAUUUUACGGCGGCAAGUCCAAUUCUUGCAACAGAAAGCGUGGUUUGGAACGGCAGGAAAGCCUGGGCCCCGUUGCCCUGGGCCAUCGCAGAUGACAAUGAGCAGAUUCAAUUUCCAGAUGGGGACUUUGAUAAUCAAGGAGCAGAUACGCGCUUUUGCACGUUUCUCUCAUCUCGACCGGAAUUCUCUCAUGUUAUAAUGCUUCUCCGUGGAAUCGACGGUGCAUCAAUUGACCCCGGCUCAUGGUCCUUUUUACAGCAAAGAUUCCCAAAACUUCAAUUCACACUGGCAAUUUCAUGUGCUGAAAUAUUCGUCCGCAAUCGAGCUCCCGAUGGCCAAAUGUACUUUUCCAGGACGGCCCCUUAUGACCAGAGGUUGUAUGGAUUCUUCCCCCUAUCUCGACUGGUCAGCCAUCUCAUUGGAAUGUCUGCCGAUCCCAAAUCUGACUGGUUGAUUUCUGAGUGGAAGCUGGGAGUAUUAUACCGCCGAGCUCUCGAAAUGGCAUAUAUAGGUGGAGAAAUCGAUGAUAUUUCAAACGCUGCAUCGCAGUUUGAAAAGCUCAUCACCCGCGGACGAAACAAUCUACCUUCUAUCCAAGGUCAUUGA